CCAUCAUGCUGAGCCGGCUCGGGGCGCUGCUGCAGGAGGCCGUGGGCGCGUGGGAGCCCACCCUUGACCUUCUGGAGGCGUUCAUUGAGCACUGGAAGGGCAUCACGCACUACUACAUCGAAAGCACAAAUGAAAACACCCCGGUCAAGGAGACGGAUAUUCCCUGGCGGCUGAAGCAGAUGCUGGACAUCCUGGUGUAUGAGGAGAGGCAGCAGGCAGCGGGCGAGGCUGGGCCCUGCCUCGAGUACCUGCUGCAGCACAAGAUCCUGGAGACCCUGUGCACGCUGGGCAAGGCCGAGUGCCCCCCAGGCAUGCGGCAGCAGGUGUUCCAGUUCUUCAGCAAGGUGCUGGCCCAGGUUCAGCACCCUCUCCUGCAUUACCUCAAUGUCCACAGGCCUGUACAGAAACUUCUUCGGCUUGGUGGGGUUCCUGGAUCCCUUACAGAAAAGGAAGAGGUGCAGUUCACCACUGUCCUGUGCUCUAAGAUCCAGCAGGACCCAGCCCUACUCACCUACAUCCUGGAAGGUAAAAAGACUGUCACUAGGAAGAAAGCAUCCAAAGAACCCACCGCCCUGCCUAGAGAGAUGUCCAAUGUCGAGGACAAGGAGCACCCCCACAGCAAGGCUCCUGACAGGGGUCCCUGUGGGGCCCAGGCCUUGACCCUCCAGCUGCCUACUGAAACCCCGGAGCCCGAUGGAGGGACUGGGGAGAGCAACCUGAUCACCUCCCUGAUUGGCUUGUGCAAGAGCAAGAAAGGUCGUGUGGCCCUGAAGGCCCAGGAGAACCUGCUGCUCCUUGUUAGCGUGGCCCCCCAGGCAGCCGCCACCUACCUGGUGCAGAGCAGCCCCUUUUGCCCUGCAAUUGUCAAGCACCUUUGCCAGCUGUACCAGUCCAUGCCCACCUUCCUGGACCCUGCAGACAUUGCUGCUUUAGAGGGCAUCAGCUGGAGGUUACCCAGUGCCCCAUCUGAUGAGGCUUCCUUCCUGGGCAAGGAGGCCUUGGCUGCCUUUCUGGGCUGGUUUGAUUACUGCGACCACCUUGUCGCCGAGGCACACACGGUGGUUGCAGAUGCCUUGGCAAAGGCUGUGGCUGAGAGGUUGUUUGUGGAGAUUCUUCAGCCACAGCUCCUACACGUGUCCGAGCAGAGUGUCCUGACCUCCACCGCCCUGCUGACGGCCCUGCUGCGUCAGCUCCGCUCCUCUGCGCUGCUUCAAGAGGCCAUGGCCUUCCUCCUGGGCACAGAGCAGAGGCCUGCAGCCCCCGAGGACAGCCCCUGCACCCUGUGUGCUCACCUCAUCAAGCACUGUGACCACCUCUCUGAUGAGAUCAGCAUUGCUACUCUGCGGCUGUUUGAGGAGCUCCUCCAGAAGCCCCAUGAGCAGGUUGUCCGAAGACUGAUCCUGUGCCACCUCGAGGGCCGCCCCUACGUGGCCCGGGGCUCCCAGGAGCCCGAGAGCUAUGAGGACACCCUAGACCUAGAGGAGGACCCCUACUUCACAGACGGCCUCCUUGAUGCCGGCUUUCAGACCUCUGCCAAGCCCCCUCGAGCCCCUGCCACCAACUCGGAUGGCAAAACAGCAGUGACUGAAAUUGUCAACAGCUUCCUGUGCCUGGUUCCUGAGGAAGCCAAGACCUCAGCCUUCCUGGAAGAGACUGGAUAUGACACCUAUGUCCACGAUGCUUAUGGACUGUUCCAGGAAUGCAGCUCCCGGGUCGCCCCCUGGGGCUGGCCCCUGGCUCUCACACCUCUGGACCCCCAUGAGCCCGAGCAGCCUUUCUUCGAGGGGCACUUCCUCCGAAUGCUGUUUGACCGCAUGUCCCGGAUUUUGGAACAGCCAUACAACCUGAAUUUGCAAGUGACCUCUGUCCUGUCCCGGCUCGCCCUCUUUCCCCAUCCCCUUAUCCAUGAGUACUUCCUGGACCCCUACAUCAACCUGGCCCCUGGCUGCAGGAGCCUGUUCUCUGUGCUUGUCCGGGUAAUUGGGGACUUGAUGCAGAGAAUUCAGAGGGUACCCCAGUUCCCCGGCAAACUGCUCCUAGUGCGCAAGCAGCUGAUGGGUCAUAUUCCUGGGGAGCAGCUGGACCACCAGACCCUCCUCCAGGGCGUGGUAGUUCUGGAGGAAUUCUGCAAGGAACUGGCUGCCAUUGCUUUUGUCAAGUUCCCCCCACAGGGUCCUCACCUGCACCUCUCCCCACCCCCAGAAGGGCAUGUCUGAGCCAGGAGCAUGACGGGAGGGGAGGAUCCUGUCCUCACCUCUGCCCAGAAGCUGCCUCCCCUCCCGCCUGGCACAGCCGCCACUACUCUUCUCCCAGGCAGGAGCUUGGCGCCGGCUCCUCUGUAUGCAGGGACCUCUGCCUCUGGAGGCCUGAGCUUCAACUCCCAGGUUACCUCAAAGAGGCUGGCUUGUUGGCGACACUGGGCCGGGCUUCAGGAAGUGGGUCUCCAAGGUACCAGAGGCCAAGGAGCAAAAGAGGUGGCCUCCUGGGCAGCAUGGUGUCCUUGAGGCCUUCUCAGGGGAGUUGGUGAUGGCUAGGUGAGCAUCAGAACCCAGACCCUCCUGUGUUCUGUGCCUGUCACCUGCCUCCACAGGUCAUUUGUGACCGGGGCCAAGACCUGUGACCCAUUCCAGGUGGGCACAGAGUGAGCUGGCAGUUGCAAGGGCUGGUCAGGACUGGAGGUCAGAAAGAUGAGGGGUUGGGAGCCCUGUCUCUGUCCCACUAGGUUCCAUAGAUUCUAAGACUUGACAUUACUUUUCUCCUGCCUUCUUGACUUGACCCUUGUGAAAGGGGCAGUGGAUGGCAGGGGUAGGCCGCCCUUCUUGCCUGGCCCUCCUGGAGACUGUUGCAAAAUCCCCAACCGCCUCAUGGCAAAUGGCCAAAGCAUGCUCCGCACCCAGGCGGGGGCGGCUGCUAAUGAGAACCUUGAUGCAGCUCCACCAGGGCGGGAGAGGGCCUGAGGAGCCGGGGGCUGGGUGCCAGGCUCCAGCUCCAGCUCCAGCUGGUUUCUCUCUGGCGCCUUCUGAAUCAGUCUCAGCAGGUCCACAACACCUGGGCAGAGGGGCUCGAGACCGGAGGAGGCCAGGCCCAGCCCAGUGUUCUCAAUGGAAUGCUCUUUUAGGGAACAAGGAGCUCGGUACAGAUGAGGCCAGGAUGCCCACCUGACUGCAGGCCCCCCAGGCCUGGCAGGGUGGGGCUGGGGUAUAGGUACUAGCCCUGGUGCUCUUCUCCCUGCAUGCCCUCUGAGGCUGGGGCUGCCACCCCACCCGACCCAAAUCUGUCUGGACCUGCAGGAACACACAGGCGGCGCCAGGCAUUACCUCACAGCAGGACUGCAGUUGCUGGCUUGGCUCCUGGGCAAGGAGGAGCAGGCCAGAGCCCCUUUUGCUUCCUUUUCCUGCCCAUGCUGCUUCUAGAAGCCAGCUGCAGGUUGCCAAGAGGUGACAUGAAAGAGGAGGAAACUCAGUGACCUCUGCCUCUCCCACAUUUCUCCAAGCUGGGGAGGACUGACCUGCUGUGCUGAAGGACACCGGGCAUGUGCCUGCGAGUGUGUGCACAUGGGUGUUGGUGUGGGAUGGGAGCAAGCUCGGUGGGCAAACUGGGUCUGUACUCUUUGAUUUUGAAAAUGUUCAAGCAUCCAGGAGUCAUAAACACUCCCCUCCUUGAUGCGCUUUGGCCGUUCUCAUGGUGCCCCCACCCUCACCCCCACCCCCGGACACCACGGCAAUAAAUGGUGUGGUUGCGUGGACACAGCUGCCCUGUUCUCCACCCUUUGCGUCCUUCUGC